GGCUCAAGUGGGUUGCAAGAAAAGGACAACCCCAGCCGUGCACGACCGCACGACCCGAAAUGAAGAUGCUGUGCCAAGCCUUGCUUUUGGUUGUGACCGCGACGGCGGCACCCGCAGCGCCGGUGGCGGCCUCGCUGUCGCCACGCGCACAGCUUCUGCAAUUGUUGAAGCAAGCGCCAGAUGCCUCGCCAGCCACGCUGGCAGAGGUGGCGGGCGCUCUGGGAUCCUUGGCGCUGGAGGCGGAUCGUUCGCAGGACGAUGGUGCGACCAUCACGGCCAUCCGGACGAUGAUCACCUCGCUUACCACGGCGAUCCAAGAGCAGCAUACUACUGCUCAGACGGCGCUGCAGAAUCAGAGCAACUUCGACACCUGCGUCAAGGCCAAAGAUAUCGCAUUGUCCGAGGCUGCGAAGAUGGCAACCACAACCACAACCCUUCCAACGACCACGACGUCAGGCGCACCAACCACCACCGUCACCACCACCAUGCACGCAGACCUCAUCACAUGCAAGGCUGAGGAAGCUAGCCUCCUGAAGCGCAACAGCACCUGCCAUGGAGAGCUGACCGCUUCGCACUCCGCGAAGAUGGCGACCUGCGCACUCUACGACGACAUGAACUAUGCGAGUGCAGGCGCAGCGCGGGUUGCCCGAUGCGCAGAUUCCACACUCUUCAGCGGCAGCUAUGAAGAUUUCCUAGAGCGUGAUAUCCAGAUCUUGGCGACCUUGAAGCUCCGGGGGCAGAACUGUACGGACAUCACGGCCGUCUACAGCAGCAAGUCCACGGAGUGUGACGAUUUGUCGAUGGACUUGAGUGCCAAGAUGAAGGAGUGCCUUAGCCUGGAGGUGCAGUUGGCCACAAGCAACUCCCUCACCUUUGAAAUUGCACAGGAGAGCUCCAAGGCCUCUGAGGUCACACAAGUCAACUGUGGGCCUUACGUCGCACGAGUCGCGGCCUGCAGCAACUACGAGGCCUGCUACAUCUCUGAGGUGGCCAUGCAGGAGAGCUCCUACAAGGCGGCCGCCACGUUGUCCACUAGCCGGAAGGCGGAAAUGACGGCUCUUCAGCGGAUCUUGUGCUUGCUGGAUGUGCUGGGUCUCCCAGUGGCACAGCAGUCGAGCAAGCUCCAGGAGUGCUUGGUGGCGACGCACAACGUCUCCACCUUGGACAUGCCAGCCCCGGUGGCGCCAGCCAAGGCGGCGUGUGACCCUGGUGUACUCCCCGCGGGCUGCGCUGCCAUCUGAGUGAACCUGUGGUGAAGAAAAGGGGCGGGUGGCUGGGCGUUGAAAUGGAA